UUGCGCGGUCUCCACAGCAACCGCUGGCCAGGCGUCUCACUGUUGCCUAGGCCGCAGAGGCCUAGCCGGGAAUGGCGGCCCGAGCGGCGCCGCUGGCCUUGCUCCUGCUGCUCCUUCGGCGGGCUGGCCCCUUCACCACCCUCCCAGAACGGACGCCCGCCUCGGGAGCCAUCCCCGGGCCCAGCCAAGGCUCCCCAGGCCCCGAGGAAGAGGAGGAGGAGGAGGCAAGGCCCGAGGAGGCUUCUCGCUUGGGCCCCUGGCCGGAGCCCCUCACCGACGUGGCCAAGCUGUGCACCUGUGACUUCCUGGUGGACCAGUGCGAUGUCAAUUGCUGCUGCGACCCCCUCUGCACCGCCCCGGAUUUCAGCCUCUUCACGGCCUGUUCUGUGCCUCUGGUCACGUAAGUUCUUCUUAGAGUUUGCUUCUAAAGCGCUGUA